AUGCCUUCGUCACUGAGGCCUUUGCAUCCAAGGGUAGACUGGAAAGUGGAUAUGGGUGAGAGGAUCCUUCGUGCAAGUGUAGAAGGCAAUGCGGAGUGGCUGAAUGUCCUUCUCCUGGUGGUAAUUAAGGAUACGCUUGGUAAAGGGCUCAGGGCGUGGCUUCUCCCAGAGGGCCUGAUGGCUGCGGUGCUGCUCACUCUCCAGACGUCAGACCUUCUCGAAGAGGAGCCUCAUGGUCGAGUCAGCAUGAGAGAGAAUACCGGGUGCUGA